CUUCAAGCCAUCAGGUAGUGCUGUCCCAGUUGUGACUUGUCGACUUGGACUACCAUGACGUUGCCCGAGAUCGUGACUGUCGAUGCUAUCCUUUUCGAUCUGGAUGGGACGCUAAUAGAUUCCACUCCGGGUGUUAUUUCAGCCUGGAAAACAUUUGCGGAGGAAUACAAACUUGGAUCGCAUCUUCCUAUCGUGCAGAAAACUCAUGGACGUAGACUUGCUGAUACCCUGAAGGAUGAGACAAUAUGCAAUAUCCAGGACACAGAGAUUUUGAAUAGCGAGAUUUUGCGCUUCGAGGACCUGGUGAUCGAGGGUAACCCAGUGGCCCUCGAAGGAGCCAUCGAAUUCUUGACUCAGCUGGACUCCCACAAUGACAUGCGCACUAAGUGGACAAUUGUCACAUCAGCUUCGAGGUACUAUGCAACUCAGUGCAUACCGAAAUGCAAAAUUCCGGUGCCUACGUCAGGAUUUGUGACGGCAGAUGAUGUUAGUGAGGGAAAGCCAAAGCCCACACCAUAUCUUGAAGGAGCAAAGAAACUUGGGAUUGAUGUAACCAAGUGUCUUGUCAUCGAGGAUGCACCGUCCGGGGUGCAAUCAGGAAAUAGUGCCGGUGCAAAGACGCUCGCAGUUUGUACCUCGCAUACACGUGAGGACUUUGAGAACUGUUCGGAGGAAAUAAAGCGCCCCACGUAUAUCAUUGAUGAUCUGACUAGAGUACACGUGACAUGGGAGAACGGCAAGAUUCGACUCACGAUCGAUACCCGUAGAGGACCCAAUUCGGAUUAGCAAUUUUAUAGAAAGAAAUUCCCAAUCCCCACAAAUUAGUGGUUUCAGGAUUUCUCGGGCUUUAAGGAAUGAUAAAAUUUAAAGCGGGAGAGGGUAACAGACAAGCGAUGAUCAAAACUAUGAGACUGAGGUUAGGGCUUUUGUUUGGUCCUGCUGGUAUCGCGUGAGUUACAGUAAAUCUAUAAAUCUAUAAAGUAAGGGAAAACGGUGACGGGAAGGGACGGACGCUCGCAUGGUUUCCACUUGCACCGCAUAGAUCUAUAAAGUAAGGGAGAACGGUGAUGGGAAGGGA